AGGAUUGUACAAAAGAAGAAACAUUCUUCAUCAAUGGGGCUAAAAGUAAUCAAGAUCACCCAAGUUAGCCCCGCAGCUGAUUCGUCCCGCCACUCUGCCGACCCGCUCAUCCUCCCGCUCACUUUCUUCGACUUGCGGUGGGUAAGAUCACAUCCUACUCAGCAAGUCAUCUUCUACAAACUCCCAGAGUCAUCUCGCGAGUUUUUUCACUCCGUGAUCCUCCCUAAGCUCUCUCUCUCUCUCUCCCUCGUCCUCCGCCACUACUUCCCGUUGGCUGGUCACCUCAAGUGGAACCAACAAGAUCCUAAGCCCCGAGUUGUUGUCUACAACCACGACACUGUCUCGCUAACGGUAGCUGAGUCUAACGCUGAUUUUCUCUUUGUUUCCGGUAAGGGCCUACGUCCACAGACGGAGUUACGUAUCUUGGUGCCGGAGUUAUCGGUCACGUGUGACUCUACAUCUCUAUAUUCUCUCCAAAUCACAUUGUUCCCUAACCAAGGGUUUUGCAUCGGCCUAGCGGAACAUCAUGUUUUGAAGGACGGUGUAGGAUCUAUAAUGUUUAUCAAAGCAUGGGCUCGCAUUUGUAAAUCACUGGGACACGGAAUAAUGACUUUACCUAGUGACUUUAUUCCAAUAUUAGAUCGUACUCUCAUCAAUGUUCGGCCUAGUCUUGAAUCCGAUAUUUUGGAAUACACCUCUUACUUUUCAGAUGAAAAAGAUGGCAAGAGAACCAUGAAGCCGCCUCCAGUGGGAGAGAUUUGUACUGAUCUUGUCCGGAUAACACUCGAGCUGACUCAGGAGAAUGUGGAGAAACGCAAAGAGCGAGCCAAGAGAGAGUCAACUCGCUCUCAGCAUGAGCUUCAUUUAUCAACGUUCGUUAUAGUAAACGCUUAUGUCUGGAGCUGCCUUGUGAAGGCGCAUGGAGGCAACAAAGAGAGGCCGUUGCUUUUCAUGUACGCAGCCGAUUUUAGGAACCGGUUAGAUCCACCGGUUCCUGACAGGUACUUGGGGAAUUGCGUGGUUCUUAUCAACUGCAUUGGCUACAAAGCAAAUAAUCUAUUGGGAAGAGUUGGCUUUGUUAGUGCUGUGGAGAUUCUUAGUGACUCAGUUAAAGGUUUGGGUUCAAGAGGGAUUGAAGCACUUUGGGAGUCCUACAUUGAUGGAAUGAAGCAAGUGAAACCGGAUACUCAUGUUGAGUCCGUCUCUGGAUCGACCCGGAUGGGGUUGUACGGGGCAGAUUUCGGGUGGGGAAAACCGGUUAACCAUGAGAUUGUAUCCAUUGACCGGUAUCCAGCGUAUUCGAUGUGGGAGAGGAGGGAUGAGACCGGUGGCGCCGAGAUAGGUUUGUGUUUGAGGAAGAGUGAGAUGGACACUUUUAUUUCUUUGUUUGAAUAUGGUUUGGAAAUAAUUGCAUCACGUAUUUAACGCUGCAUGCAUGCAACUUUUCUUUUUAAGACCAAAGAUAUAUUAUGUAACGCCUACAUGUUCCAAUUUCAAGAACAACUUGUUAAAAUAUUGUUAAGCGCUCCAAUACCCCAGCCCUUAUAUUUUGUGUAUCUAUGUGUAGUUAUGCUAUCCGUCGAGUAAUGUUUUCAGCAAAAAAAAUUUUUUGUGAAAUUUCGUUUAAUCCAGAUACUAAAUUUCGAUGAGUACAUACGGCUUCUUCACCGACUAACAAAAACUAAACUUAAAAAUCGAUGUGAAAAAUUGGAUUUAUCUAAAUAUAUCUUCCAAAACCUAUUGACAAGAUCUAAUGUUAUAAGCAAAUAAACAGAAUAUAGUGAUUUUUAUAAAUAUAUAGUGAUUUUAAACUGCAAUUUGUAUAAAGUUAAGUUUGAAUCUUGAUUGAUACUAAAGCAUAUCAAAUUUAUAAAACUAAUCAUGCACACAGCUUAUAAUGUCUUGCGAAGCAUAUCCACAUGCCGAUAGGAAAGCUGGUUUGAAUCUUAAGUCAAAAUGAUAUUGUAGUACUCCACUUGUAGUAUUGUAGUUAUUUGGUCUGUGAAUGACUAAUAUAAAAGUUCGUUUAUACAGGGAAAACGAAUUUAGCGUUAUAUCAUAAAGGGGCAUAUGAAUUAUAAAAAGGUUUAUCUCAGAAAUUUGUGUACUUCUAUCAAGAAAGAGUUUUUGUUUUUGUUUUUUCAUCAAUGGCGCUAAUGGUAAGCAAGAUCUCUCGAGUCAACUCAGCAACCUACUCGUUUCAUGACGCAACCGACUUUCCCAUUCACGUUCUUGACUUAAGGUGGUUAAAAUUCCACUAUACCAAUAGAAUAAGCAUAGAUCUAUAGUGUGUAAUUUACAGAAAAAAAACUUACUAGGGUUUAUAAAAUUUACUACAUACUAUCAUAUGUUUAUUUUGUGGAUAAUGCAAUUACAAAGGUUGGGGUCUUUUUAAU